AUGUCAAAUCGCCAAAUAUCAUUAAAAGAUAAUAAUUGUAUAAAUGCUAAUGUAAGAUCAUUGAUUAAUUCGAAUACACUCAAUGAUACUUUUGUAAAUAGAAAUAUUACAAAUGAUGCCAAUAUACAAAAUAUUUUGAAAAUGUAUGCAAAUGAAUUAUAUUCAAGCGAUGAACACAAAAGCAAUUAUUCUCAUGUAAAUAGAGAAUAUUUGAUUCAUCGCAAAACAGGACAAACUAGUAAUAAUACAUAUUUAACAAGUAUAGGUCAUUCAAGCAAUAUAAUAAAUUCUAUAGAUGAAAAUCAAAAGUUACCCCCAAAUAAUAACUAUGGUUAUUGUAUCUCUACAAUAGAAAAUAAUAAUCCCAACAUUGCACAUGUAAAGAAUUCUUCCUUUUUAUCUUCACCAUUGCACGAUGAAAACAAUUACACACAAACUCAUCAUCAUGAACAAAUGACUGAGUCAGAAAGUGUAGCGAUCUCAAAUAAUAUUCAUAAUGAAAAACAGAGAUAUAAUUCAAUAGAAUAUGAUAAUAAUAAAUUGAAAUCUAAUGUUGAAACAUUUAAUGUAAGAAAUAAAACAGAUAUUUCAUCACAAGGUUUUUAUGGAUACGGUUGUUCAUUAAUUAAAAGUUGCCCCAAUAUCAUAAAUACUUGCCUAAAUGUCAAUAUUAAUAAGGAUAAUUCAGAAAAUGACAACGAUUUCAACAGCAAUAAUAAUUUCUCUAAUUAUGAAUCGUUUUUGAUUAAAAAUCAAUCUUCUUCAUUGCAUAAUUAUAAUGAUAAUAGUAUGGGGAAAUCCCCAUUAUGUAAUUCCAACGUAAUAACCAAUAUAAAUGAUGAAUCAUAUACAAAUAUAUCCAGUAUGAAUAAUAAUAACAUACAAAAAAGUGUUCAAAAUGAUGAAAGCGAAAAUCGUAUUAAUUUUUCGAAUAUAGAUAGUAAAGAAGAAAUUAAUCAUCAAGAAAUAGAUAAUAAACAUUGUGAACUCAAAAAUAAAAGUAAAAUAUGUAACAAUAGAAGUGAAUGUGAUCUUAAGAUGGAUCCUAUAAACCAUACACUAAAUCCAGAAAAAAAUUGUUCUGAUUGUAAUGCUACAUUGGAAGAAGAUGAAAAUAAACAAUGCUAUAGUGAAAAUGGUAAAGAUGGUACAGAAAAUAAUCCAUCAUGUUACAAUAAAAAACCAAAAUCUUAUUCACUAGAUGAUAUAAAAAAAGGGAAAAUUGAAGUCCCCAAUAUUAUAUUCACAAAAUUACCAUAUAAUACAAAAGGUGAUAAUGCAAUAGAUUCAUAUAUAAAAAAUAAUAAGUUACUAAAUUUCAUGGAUGAUUGCAAUAAUUCAACUAGUCUUAUUUUAAAAUAUCCAGAAAUCUUAAAACAUCAAAGCAAGAAAAUUAAAGUAUCACCCCAAAUUGGACAGGAAUUAAGAAAUAAAAUUGGUUCAUCAAUUAUAUACGAAGAUGAGUUUGACAGAAAAAAUUAUUCUCCAAAUGUUCAAAAUUUGCAUAUGGGAAAGGUAUUUGAAAAACACGUUUUUAGCAUGUUAAUAAAUAAAAAAGAAUUAGGAAAGAAUAUAUUUGGAUGCAGUAAUAAAUAUAAAAAAUAUAAAUAUAAUAAUGACAAUGGAUUUUGGAUAAGUAAUAUCGAUAAAAGACGCUUAAUAGACCCUGAAAAAAACGACAGCUAUAUUACAGAACUAGUUUAUGAAAAAAAUGAACCAUAUUCUGAAGAAAUGAACAAAUUAAUGAAGUGUAAAAAUUAUGAUGCUAUACCACCUAUAAAUAGUUUUUAUAAAGAUAAUAAUUUUUAUUCUCUUUUAUGUGAAGAGAAAAUGUUUACCGGUAAUCUAAAUACUGAAAUAGCAACUAUUAUGCGUAGAUACGACAUUGAUAGUGUUUCAAAUUAUAAAACGAUUAUCUCAGAUGGAUAUAUAAUAUCGUGGAAGUAA